AUGACACAGGCCAAAACGGUUAAUGUAACUUUUAGUGAAUAUGUUGAUUUCGGCGAGACCAAUAGAAAUGAUUUCGAAAUCGUUGAUGUGAUAGACUGGGAAUUCGAUACACCGAUUCCAAGCUGGUUGCAAAAAGCAAUGAAUCAACAUAAAUUAUUGACUUCACAAACUGAUCCAUCUGAGAGAUUCAAAUUAGCAAAAAAUCCAAAGAUUGCUCAAGACUUCCUUUCUGAAACGGAAUUUUUAGAGUUGAAUGUUAAGAUUUCAUCCGCUCUUAAUAUUGGAAAUUCCAUGGGCGAUUGGACUGUGCUUAGACCUGUGGCUGAAAGGUGUCUUCAGUUUCUUAGUAAGUUGGAUAGCAAUGAACUUCGUAAAAUUGGAGAAUUAGUAAACCGAAGGGAAUUCACGGAGCAAUUGUAG